GUAACCCCGCUCGAUUCGAUCCGCAUUACCACUGAAGUGGUGUUGUGUUGUGUUUCUAUCUGUGAUCGAUCUCGGGAAAAUGGAGGGGGAGGCCCUCGUGCCAAACCAGAGCAUCGGCGACGGCGGCCGGAGCUCGUUGACGGAGUGCGCUGCCGACCUCAAUCGGGUCAACUGGAUUGCUCUCCCGAUGAUAGUCGUGACCGUUUCUCAGUACCUGCUGCGCGUCUCCCCCAUGUUUAUGCUCGGCCAUUUGGAUGAGCUGUCGUUGUCCAGCGCCUCCAUCGCAACCUCCAUUUGCAAUGUCACAGGAUUCAGCGUUGUGUUCGGAAUGGCGAGUGCGUUGGAAACCCUAUGUGGCCAGGCUUACGGAGCGGCGCAGUAUAAGAAAUUGGGGAUAUUCACCUAUGGUGCGAUUCUAUGCCUCUUCGUGGUGUGCGUACCUUUGUCUCUUCUCUUCUUCUUUACGGAGAAGCUGCUGGUAUGGACGGGGCAGGAUCCUGAAAUCUCCGCCGGCGCCGGAGAGUUCGCGAUUCAGCUGAUUCCGUCGUUGUUCCCUUUCGCUGUUCUACAGUGCUUAGUUCGUUACUUGCAGAGCCAGAGUCUGGUCCUUCCAAUGGUUUGGAGCUCAUUAGCUUCUCUAACCGUUCAGUUGCUUCUCUGUUGGAUAUUUGUAUUCAAGCUGAAUCUGCGGAGCAGAGGAGCUGCAAUGUCGAUUGCAGUCUCCGAUUGGUUCAACGUAGUCGUGCUGCUGUUCUACAUGAAGUAUUCCCCGGCCUGCAGGAAAACUCGAGCUUCCUUCUCGCCGGACAUUUUAUCAUCUUCCAAGGAAUUCUUGGGCCUGGCUAUUCCAUCUGCAGCCAUGGUUUGCGUCGAGUGGUGGUCAUUUGAGAUUAUCUUACUGCUUUCAGGAAUGUUGCCGAAUCCACAACUGGAGACAUCAGUUUUCUCCAUAUGCUAUACCAUUACUUAUCUGCACUACCACAUUCCCUAUUCUUAUGGCGCCGCAGCAAGCACGCUUAUGUCAAACGCAUUUGGGGCAGGGAACCCUAGAGCCGCCAAAGUUACCCUCUACGUGGUUUUAGCGCUAUCGAUUGCAGAGUUCUUAUUAGCCAGCAUUUCAAUAAUGGCCUCAGGUCACAUACUGGGAUAUGCAUUUAGCGAGUCGAAAGAAGUAGUCAGCCGCAUCGAACAAAUGGCUCCUUUCCUCGGCCUCUCUAUCAUCAUGGAUAGCUUGCAGGCUGUGCUCUCAGGCGUGGCCCGGGGCUGCGGCUGGCAGCACAUAGGGGCUUAUGUGAACCUGGGAUCGUACUAUCUGGUCGGCAUGCCGGCGGCAUUACUGCUGGCGUUCGUUUUGCACCUCAAAGGGCGAGGCCUGUGGAGCGGAUUGCUAGCCGGCGCAACGGUCCAAUGCAUUGCCUUGUCGGCGGUCACCGGAAUCACAAACUGGGAAAAACAGGCAUUGGAAGCACGGCACAGGAUCUUCUCGGGAACUCCUCCGGCUUGCCAACCCCAACGCUUGGUAGAGAUUACUUAAAAUUUAUUGCAUAAUUAUUUCUAACUGCGAUAAUUAAAAUAAUUUAUAAAAUCUUUAUAUUAGUAUAUUUGUAUGAAUAAAUAUUUUGUAUCUGUUUUUUUUGCUUGUUACAAAAUUGAA